CACGCGGCGUCACGUCGCCUCCCCCGCCCCACCCCGCGCCGCGCAAACCCCGCACCCGCCCUCAGCGCCCAAAGCGCGCCCUACCGCCGCCCUACAGCCGCCUAAACAUGGACGCCAGAAUCGCCCUAUGUUUUCUGCUCUGCACCGCGUUCGGUGUGUCCGGUGAUGUCGACAUCAUCACGGAGCCCCGCCCCGGCGAAGAGUAUGUCAUAGUGAGCUCGGGGCAGCACAGCCCCCUCAAAAAUUUUGAGUCAGCACACAAAAUACCAGAGAAGCACCCUCACCAUCGUUACAUCAAGCCCGAGGAUGUCAACGAGAGAUUAUACAAAAAGUCACACAAUGGAAAAAGUAAACAUCCAACGGAGGGCAUCGUUUCUAUCGAGGAAGAUAAGAAGACCGUCUACAAGAAGGCCCAAAAAGUAAAGGAGUCUAUUGAAAUCGACAUACCAGUUUCAAAAAUAGAAGACAUCAAAAUAAAGGAAAAGGUACACGAUGUUGACAUCAAUCCCAAACUGGCCGUUCUCGAGACGAUGUCGGAAUCUGGAAAAUUAAGUUACAACGAGGGCACCACGACGCAAAAGCCCGUGUUGACUACUUCAGCCCCUAGCUCCACAAAGGGCUACGACUACAUUCCUAUCAACUUUGAUACCAUCGAUGAUAUUAACAGUGGUCUCUUAUCAUCGAAUGUUAAACUAGAAACCGCCGGUUCAGAACAGAAGCAGCAUUCUAGAAUUCAAAUUAAAAAGGGCCCCAACGGGCAAGACUAUGAAUACGAGUACAUCUACUAUUAUUAUGACGAGGAAGAGGAGGCAGCCAAGAAGGACGCCAGUGACAAAUCGACCACGACUGAAACUGCAUCGAGUACGUUCUCAAACGCACAUGACGGUCCUUCCAAAACUGAGAUCGAGAACCAAAUAAGCAAAGAAACUAAAUCCAGAAAUAAGUACAGCACUAUUGAUAGGUCACCAACUACAACAACAAUAGCACCAACCCCCGAAGUACAGAACGAAGUGAUCCAGCCGACCAUCAGAUCACGCACCAGAGGACGCAACAUCGCCUCCGCACCAGUCGAAGAAGAAGUCGAGGCCGAAAGACUGCCAUCGAGCACACGAUUCCCACCCCGGGGUCGUAAUAUUGCGACCACAAGCUCGACCACGAGCGCCCCUGAAGCGACUUCCGAAGUUGUUAGACAACGAGGUCGCGCUCAGGUUGACAAUGUCGCCGAUGAGUCCAUCGGCCAAACGAGAAGCAGAACACGCGCUCAUGUCAGACGGCCAAGCUCUGAGCUAGUCGACCUCGACAGCUUCAAGACCAACUCUGGCGAGCGCGCGCAGUACAAGGAACCGCCGACCAGGUACUCCGCCGAGAGCAAAACUACCACCGAGGCGGCGGAACCCGCGUACCAGACGAACGAUUUACCGGCCACCAAGGAGGUGCAGAAGGAAACCAGCUUCCUGUCGGGCAUUAAAUUCGAGGAGGUCGACGAUUCCAAGCUGCCGGCCGACUACAAGCAGACGACUACUUACGAGCAGGACACGACCGAGUACACCACGAUGACCGCCAUGGAGAAGGUGGCCCUGGACCUGUACGCUUACCUGGCCGGGGAGAACCUCAACAACGAGAUCACGAGCGACGCGUCGCCCCUCGACGCGUCCACGUUGACCGACGAGUCGUGGACCACCGAGGACGUGAGCACCACGGAGGAGCAGACGACGCCCACGACCACCACGACUACCACCACCACCACAACGACCACGACAACCACCACACCGGCGCCCACCACAACCACGACCGCUGCGCCCACCCGGCCCUCGAGGUUUAGGAGCCGACCCGGUGCCCGCUCCCGCGCACCCGCAUCCACCAGCGCCGCCACCGAAGCCCCGCAGGAGACAUCCACUAGAGCCAGAGGUCGCUUUGGCAGCAAACCGAAUACGGGCCGCAAGAUCACCGCCGCUGCCGUCGAGGCCUCCACGUCCGCCGCUCCGGCAGAGAAGCCCUCCACACAGCCUAAGGCGUUCGGUGGAAGCCGCCGCGGUCUGUUCUCUGCCCGCACUCGUCCAAGCUCUACCACCGCUGCGCCCGCGCAGGAGGCAAGCAGCGCAGCCAGUGAAGCGCCUGUGCCCAGACCUCGUCUUCGCCCUGGCUUGAGAAGGGCACCAUCGUCGACCACGACUGCUGCUCCAUCAUCAGCUGAGAUCGCUGACGUCACCGCGCCAACCGGCAGUGGUAGCACUGGCUCCGGAGAAGUCAUCGAUACCACUGUUGCGCCAGUCAGGACUAUUGGCCGCAAACCAGGACAGAGGCCGGCGUCGCUCCGACCCGGACCGAGGUUGAACCUGCGACCCGUGGGCCGCAGACCGAGCGUGUCCAGCGCCGCGCCUGAAGCCGCAUCCGAGGCGCCGGUAGAGUCAGCACCCGUUGAAGUGUCUGUUGCAGCAGACGAGGCUGAGAAUGCGGCAACCCCAGCGCCCGAAGCCCCUCGUGGUGGGUUGAAGCUGCGCAACCGUCUUCAGGUGUCGCCCUCCCCUCGCCCGCGCACCGCCGGAACAGCCGCCCCCCGCAGACCCAACCCGCUACUCAAGAAGAGAGGAAGCACCACUGAGGCAACAACAGAAGCGCCCAAGAAGGUGACGGAAGCGCAGGAGGAGAACGACAGCGGUAGCGCAGAGAAGAGCGAGACGGAGGCGGAGACGGAGGCCGCUGCGGUGGAGACGACCCCGGCGCCGCCGCUGCGUGGUCUCGACGCCCUCAUAGCCCGCCGCCGUGCCGCCGGAGUAGGCGCUAGGCCCGUGCGCCCCGUCCGUCGCGCCUAAACCCUAGAUUAGUGUCACGCGGUCAUUCAAACCUCACUCAACUACAAGCUGCAUUGGGGAAGAUUUUAUGAACAGAGAGCGAUAUUUAUGUACAACCAUUCAAAUGUUAUUACGUCGCACUGGUGUACACGUCAAAAAAAAACAAUCACGAUAAGAGGAUCAUCGAAAUUGCGACACCUAGCGGGAUAAUUGGGCAAAAAUGUUCCCCAUUUCAACCGGCGUUUAAAUGACCGCGUUCUGUGCGCCUACCGCACAAGCUCCGCGCGUGUAUUGACAAGCCACAAUCGCCAACUGAUACCGAUUAAUUUAUUUGUCACACAAAUUGUUGCAUCAUGUUUGUUGUCAAUACACGAGCAAGUAAUAUAGCCAAUAUACUUCUGGUUAUCAUUCAACGACUCAGCGCUGACGACGGCCGCUCACAAUACUCAUCAUCGGCAACGCGCCGUCCGCGCGCCGUCGGCGCCCGUCCUGAAUAUUAGUCAAUUCAAUUCCCAAACUGUGUAUAAGUUAGAAAGUUAGUUAUCUAAUCUCUCGACUCUUAUAAACUUUAUGAUUAGGUGUAUAGCUGUAUUCGUUCAUAAUAUUUUAUUAUAAAAUAGUUUAGUUUGUCUUAUGGAAUAUUAUUCUGUACUUACUCGUAAUUCAUCUGUUUUUUGUACAUAUUAGGGAUAAAUCGUAAUGUAGCCGGUUACAAAUAAGUUCGUGUACAAUUUUAGUCUUCGGGACGUGAUUCCUAUCUGUUGCCGUGCUGUCGCCGUGCUGUCGCGGCGCAGCACCGCAGCUGCUGCGGCGGCGGCGACAGGGUUGACAUCAGUGUCGAGUGUAUCGCCAAAGUUACUGACACUCGUUAACGUUUAUCGAACACCUAUCUUACAAAACAAAGAUGUAACGCUAUCUAAAUAUUUAUUGUCAUAAUGUUCGAAAGCUUCGUGUUCUCAGUUUGAGCGGCCUUUCACUAUCUCUGCCGUCGUUGCGGCCUCUCGGCACAAACGACAGCAUACUGAUGUUAUCGCUCGAGAGAUAAUGUUCUGUUGUAAGUGUGCCGUAGUGUGCGCGCAACGUCGAGGAUUCCGGCCUCAAGUCGGCUGAAGCACUGAUAGUUAGUGCCAUCGUGAUAUCUUUUUUAUGUUUUGUAAGUGUGAUAAUAAAUUAAAUAUUAAGAUAACAU